GUCGCGGGCAAAUGCCCCGCUUUGCCGUCUGGAAAAGCGAAAAAGUUGAGCGGGGUGCUGGCCUUUUCUUCGAUUAUUCAGGCUCUUCCGGUCUUCGUGGAAAACGGCCGUCGCAGGCCGCACCCAUGGCAGAGAUCCAAGCGUCGGCGCUCUGCCAGCCAUUGAAUUCCUCUGUUGUCCGGAUCUGUGUGUUUUUCUGGAUUCGUUGACAGCGUGCAUCGAUGCUCUCCUGUCAUGUGCUCUCGUUGUCUUUUUUGAGCGAAGGCUCUCACGUGUGAGCUCCAGGUCGCCUCCCGCAGACUCUCUUAGCGGGUCCAUCGUUUCUGCUAACGUAUCUUUUCCUCUCCUGGCAGGAUCUGUGGCGACUGGGUACGGCGUUCGUUUUCCGCGUUUCUUGAACAUAAAGAGUCUUCAGUAAGGCAUGCAUAGAUUUCUGGCUAACUGCCUCUUCGUUAGCACCUCCUCGUCAAGCAGGAACAGUUUCCAGGUCCACAGUCCGCUCUGGGUUUCUCCGCCGAGGUGUAUCGACGUCCUCUCCGUCACUGCACCGUAAACUCUUCGCCUCUUUCUCUGCCGUCUACCUGUCUGUCUUUCGCGCCCAUUUCGUUUUCCUUCGAGUCCUCUUUGCCCUCUGGUUGGCGCAUGUUGUCUUCCAACAAGAGUACGGACGCAUACUAGCCGCUCGUUGCCUCCGUCGCUGAGGCUUUCUCAGGGUGGAGUCAGCAACCUCUCUUGUUGUGUCUGCCGUCUGUUUUCUCCUGCGUUCUUCCCUCGGCAUAUCUGCUAGAAAGGGGAAUGCCUUCAGUCCUUUCUUUUCGUAACUGCUCGUUCUCUCAUGAAGUCAAGAAGUCGGAAUCCAACAUUCCCUCCCGGCCACCAGCGACUCAUCUGCUCUGCUUGUCGUCUUCGCGAUCCAGCGAGGCACCCGUCUUACCUUCUCUAUUUGACUCGUCGCCUUCAGCUUGCGAUCCCCUUCUUUCGUCAGCGCACACUCUUGCGCCUCUGUAAAUUGUUUUCCUCGACGAGAACUCGACAGCCGGAGUCAAGUAAAAAGGGGGAACAUGGCGCCGUCGAAUGCGCAGCCCUCUGCAGGGCCUGUGCCUAUCGCCAUUGGUUCCUUGUCGCCUCCCUCGUCUCUUGCGUCUCCUUCUUCCGCGUCCGCUUCGUUUGCGUUGCCGUCGCCUGUCCCCGGCUCCAGCCGCGCGGCUUCGCUGCACUUUCCUUCUUGGAAUUCGCAUCCACUUCCCCCUGGUUUUUCUUUGUCGUCUCCGCCUUCUCCUGCGAACGCAGACUGCGAUUUACGAGUCAGACAGAGAAGCUCUGCUGCAGCUGUGUGCAUCUCGGCCUCGCCGCAGCAUGCGACAGCCUCGAGGCCUCUUCAUGCUCUUGCGGAACGACCAGAGAGUCGCGCAGUGCAGGCGUCCUCUUCCGCCCUGAGCUGUCCAGGAGCCGUCGCUGCUUCCUCGGAAGCUGCCAGAACUGCAGAGGCAGACCGACUCAGUGAGCGACCAGUUCACCUGCCGGCGUUGGCUGAGAGCAGACGCGGCGCGCCUGAGGACGGAGUGGAAUUCCAGGGGAAGCGAAUUGCACCUCCUCUGCACCCUCCUUCUUCGUCUCCGCCCGCUUCGCCGUCAGCUCGCUCAACUGUCUCUCUCACGAGCUACUUCUCUUUCUCGGCGGCACCACCUCCCCUGUCUCCUUCAAGAGUUCCUCCUGUCUUCUCUCCAGCUCCCAUCACCGCAGCUCCCUGUCCCUCGCACCGUUCAGUCUCUUCAGCUGUGCGCGGCGAAACGCACACACCUCGGCACAAGUCGAGCGCCUCGUACAGGCUGCCUUGCCAGCUCCCGGUGCUGCCACCGUCGUCGCGACCAACGCCAGAAGACGACAGAGGCGAAGGUUUCUGUGAGACCGCGUCGACGGCGGUAGCCGCGCGAGGUCCCAGAGGCUUGCGGGACUCCUCAGGAGACAACCUCGAGGCCUGUAGCUUUUCCGCGGCCUCUCACAAGCGCUCCGCCUCGAGAGGCCUCGAGGAAGGCAGCCGCAUGCGAGCCCAGUCGGCCGGGGGCGAUCGCCAAGGCCUCCGCGGGCGGCAGCGGCAGGGCCGUGCAUGCAUUGCCUGUCAGUCAAGACACAGAACGCGAACCGUGGAUGCAGCGGAGCUGCGCAGAAACGGGGACGAGAGCAGUGCGGACGAAGUGGACGAUGGCUUUCCAUAUUUGCUCGAGCAAAGCAUUCGCCUCGCAGAGCCCCAAUCUUAUGCUGCGCCUGCGACGUCUGCUGCGCCUGCGACGUCUGCUGCGCCUGCGACGUCUGCUGCACCUGCGACGUCUGCUGCGCCUGCGACGUCUGCUGCGCCUGCUGCGGCGCCCAAGGAUCGACCAAGGAGAGUGGCGCCUUCGUUUCCACUGUCUGCGGCGCCUCGGCGUCUCCAGACUCCCGCGGAGGAGGCGCGCAGGUUCCUGUCUUGGCAUCCGCCGGAGUCGCGAGCUGCGUCUGCCGAGGCGUCGGCCGUGUCGAGUGCCGUGGAUCGAGAUCCCUCUUUGUGGCUUCUGCGCGAGGCUUGUCGAAAUCCUGACGAGGGGAAUGUGUACCGACUCGUUUUAGAGCAAGUGAUGCGGGGCCGCUGCUUGCGGCGCCCCCUGGAGGACGUUCCAUCCGCGGACUUCUCGGAGCAGGUCCAGCGACUGAAGCACAGCGUCCACAGUGCGCUGGAGCAGUGCACAGGCUUCCGUUGUCACUCGGUCUCGCGCGGCAGCCCAAAGGGAAAGCGGCGCAGAGGCGAGGCGCCAGCGGUGCGCGAAGACGCCUGCAGACCCUCUGAGCUCCGAGCGGCAGUGGCUGUGAGUCGGGACUUGUACGCCGAGAACACCUUUCUCGAACAGUUUGUGACGAAGGGUGAUCGCGUUCUCCAGACGAAGGAGCUGGCGCGAUACCGGGAGGCGAUAGGGAAACUCGAGCAGGAGAACAAGAGUCUGCGGCAGCGUGUGACAGAGGAACGGAACCAGACGCUCUCGUUCUUUCGGCAAAGAUGCGCUCUGGACUUGCUUCUUCAGAGCGUCGCGGCUCAGCUCGGCGAAGACGACCAGCGGGAACUCCUCUCACGCAUGCGCCUCUGCGCGGCAUCGUGCGUCGCCAUCGACUGGCGAGACCAGAAACGAGGCCCCGGCGACAAGGCCGCGGCCGCUGCCUCUGAUCUGCAGCCAGUCGCUGGCUUUUCCUUCGCCGACCUCUUGCCCUGCGCAGUUUCUGCCCUGGAGGAGCUUGCGGCGAGCAAGGGUGCGAAGCGCGGCGUUCGCGGCGAACCAGGCGGCGACGAAAAGGCUUGGGGUGUGGGCGGCCGCAGAGAGACGCUGGGCGUCAGUGGAGGCGCAGGCCGCGCGAGGGCAGGUCUCGGAGCAGAGAGCUGCUUGUCGAGUCGAGCGCGGAGUGUCUGCGCCUCUCCCAGAGAAAGGGAGACAGCGGAGCAGAGCACAGCUCGGGCGCAGCGUGGAGUGCAUGACCAGCUCGCAGGCCUUCGGAGUCUCCUGAUCGACAAAGAAGCCGCGCUGAACUCGGCGCUGUUGGAGAGAGACGGCCAGCGCGCAGAGAUCCGGCAACUGAAGAGUCUUCUAGAGGGCCGAGAGGAGGCGACUGUCGCUGCGAAGAGGGACGUCGAGGACGAGAACGCGAGACUGAAGGCCACCAUCAAGUCGCUGCAAGAGAGCCUGAAGUCGACGGAAGAAAAGUUUCAAGAAAAGAGUCAACGCACUGAGGGCCUCGUGGCCGAGCUGCAGUCGCAAAUUGCAGAAGCUCGGCAAAGUCUCGCCGAAGAGCGAGCAACCUUGAAGGCGCGAGAAGAAGAGCUCGCGCGUCGAGCCGCAGGAGACGGACAGGCGGAGACCGCGGCUCUGCAGAAGAAGUUAGAAGAAGAUGUCCACGCGAAGCUCCAGGCCGAGGUCGUAGCUCUGAGAGCAAAGGCUGCGAGAAGCGACAGUCUCGAAGCAGAGCUCGAAGCGAAGAAGCAGCUCCUCGCUGCGGAAGCCGCCAAAGUCGGCGACCUCGAGGCGAAACUACGGGAGACCGAGGCGAGAAACGAGGAGUUGGAGCAGGUCGUGGCGAGGCUGAGAGAAGAUCUCGCAGCCGCCGCGGGCAAAGCGAAGGACCAGGUAUCCGCACCCUUGGAGUCGGGGAAAGACUCGACUGUGGCGAAGAGUGUGAAGAGCAAGCCGCUUUUGCCGCCUCCAGGAAAAGGCGCGAAAGCCUCUGCAUCGGUUCCGCUUUCCACCGACGUCUCUGUGCUUCAAACGGAGGUCGCCACUUUACUCGCCGAGAACCAGCGCCUCGCCCUCGCCCUGCAAGAAGCAACUCUGCGGGAGGCUGCAGCUGCCGCGGGAGCUCCGGACCGCGCGGCGCCUUCGCCUGGACAUGUUGCCAAGAAGAGUCUGCCGCCGUCGAAGGCGACAAGCGCCUCGCCAGCGGAGCCCCUGGGAGCGAAGACAGCAGAGACGCCGAGCUCUGCAGGCGCGCAGGGUCUCGCCUCCGGUCUGGCGAAGAAGUUCGCUGCGGCAGAGAAGCCGAAGGCGAAGGGAAUGUUCGCCGCCCUUCGGAGGACGCUGUCUCGGUCGUCUUCGCCUGCGCAGAAAGCGUCUCCGCCUCCGUCUCCGCGGUCGGCCGGCGGAAGCAGCGACGAGGUGGCGAAGCUGAGGGCGCAGCUGGAGAAGAUGCGUGAAGAACUCGCGCGCGCCCUUGAACAAAAGAACAUCCUGAGCGGGCAUGAGGCCACAGCAGGGGCGGCCGGAGCAGCUUUGGGGACUUCAGGGAAGGCGAAGACUCCCGCCAAAGUCGGGCCGAAGAAGGCGGCGCCAGCUCUGGAGGCGAGCGCAGAGACGGCGACGAAACAAAUCGCGGAGCUGAAAAGAGAGAACGAGGCGCUCCGCCAACGCAUCGCGGAAUUGGAAGCCUUCAAACCUUCCGAGCCUGGCGGCGAGAAAGCUGCACCUGCCGCGACGCAAGGCCCUCCGGCCCAAAAGGGUGCCGUUCCCCCGAAGAUGGGCGUUGUUCCCCCGAAGAAGGCGGCGCGCCUGCAGCCUGCCCAGACGCAGGGCGACUCGGAGAGGUCAACGAACCUCGGAGAAGCAGAGGAAGUGAAGCGCUUGCGGUCUGAGGUCGACAGACUGCAGCUGGAGAAGGAGCGCCUGGAAGCGGAGCUCAAACAGGAGCGUCAGGAGCUCGUCGAAUUGAAGCAAACAGUUCGGAGCCCGUCGGCGACUCUUGGAGGGUCCAAAAAGGUUUCGCCAGUGGGUGCGGCAAAACUCAAAGGCAUGCCUCCGCCGAAGGCGAGUUCUCCGGCAGUCCCUGCGGCGUCGCACGCAGAUGAGGAGAUGCAGACGCUCCGCAGUGCCUUGAGCGAAGUGCAGAAGGAGCGCGACGAACUGAAGAAACGACUUGAGUCUCUCGAGAGUGCAGAGAAGCGAGAUGAGACGAAGAAGGACGCACCGCAGCCGGAAGCCGCAGGCAAAGCGGGCCCUCCGAAGAAGGCAGGACCUUCGAAGAAACCCCCACUGGUGGGUGCGAAGAAAGCGGCGAGUCCGGCACCUCCCGCGGUGGACGCGGCGGUGUCAGAGGCUCCCGGCGCUGCAGAGGCUUCUCCGAUCGCGGCGGUGGACCUGCAGGACAUUGAGGCGCUGAAGAAGGAAGUGGAAGCCCUGAGGGCGCAGCUCGUGGCGUCUGAAGGCGCGAAGGCGGCUCUUGAGGAGAAACUGAAGACGGCGGAAGCUCCGAAAUCAAAGGCCUCGCCUCCUGCCAAGGCGAAGCUGGCGCCAGUGCCGAAGAACGCCGGCGGGACAGAUGCCCGUGUGGGAUACACCGGAGUGGGUGACACCGGGGAAAAGCUCAGGGAGUUGGAGGUUGAGGUGAAGGAACUGAGGGCAGAGAAGGCUGCCUUGUUGGAAGAAAACGCAAAGCUGAAACGUGAGGGGAGCCAGGUAGUUCAGGGACAGCCUGCAAGUGAGGACCAAGGAAAGCCAGUCCCCGGGAAGAAGGCAGGCCCGGUGGGAGGGAAGGUGCCUCCGAAGGCGACGGCGAAGGCUCCAGCUUCGGAAGCGCCGACAAGCGGUCACGAAGCCACAGAGACGCAGCGGAAGCUGGAAGAGUUGGAGGUUGAGGUGAAGACGCUGAGGGCGGAGAACGAAGCGCUAGCGAAGGAUCUCGCGAAAUUGAAGAAGGAGCGCGAGGACGCACCGCAGGGAGAGGAAGCGAAGGCUGGCGGGAAGACAGCGGUUCCGAAGAAGAGUCCACCGAAGCCCGGAGCCUUGCCAGCAAAGAAGGCAGCAGCUCCGGUCGCGAAAGCAGAGGAGGAGCAGAAGCCGGGGGGAAGUGUGGGGAUGGACUCGAAGCUGGAAGAGAAGAUCGCCGCCCUGGAGAUGGAGAACCGGACACUGCGCGACGAGCUCGCAAGAGUCAAAGAACAAGUGAAGCAAAGCGCCAAGGCGAGGGAGGAGACGCCUCAAACGGCUGAGCCUUCGAGUGCAGGCAAAGCUGCGCCGCCUUUCGGGGUGGUGAAGGCGAAGGGUCCUCCCAAGAAAGCCUUGCCUGCGUCUGCGACGUCUAUCUGUGCGACGACCGGGGAAGCUGAACAAAACGAGGCUCAGGCUCGGCUCGCGGCGCUCGAGGAGGAGACUCGCGAGCUCAGAGAGAAAGCGAAGCACCUGGAGGCAGAGCGCGAUACACUCAAGAGGCAGGUGGACGAAUUGAAGCAGGCAGAAGCCAAGCCCCGAGGCGGGGGACAGGAGCGGGAAGAACGUUCAGAGGAAGGCGAUGCCCCAGCGAAGGCUGGAGCAAAGGGAGGCAAGCCGCCUCCGCCUAAGAAGAAGCCUGCGGUGCCAGCUCCGAAGGCGAAGGAAGGUGUGGAAGAGAAGGGAGAAGGAGAGGGAAAGGAUGAGGUGAAGACAGAGGACAUCACCAAGAUGAAGGAAGAGAUCGAUCGUCUGACGAAGGAGAAGGAAGAGCUGCAGGAAGAAGUAACAGCACUAAAGGGAGCAGCGGAGAAGAGGGAAGAGACGGCCGGGGGGGAGAAGGCAGAAGAGACACAGGCGAUGAAGCAAGAAAUCGAGCGUCUCAAGAAAGAGAACGCGGAGCUGCAGAAGAAGCUGGCAGACCUAUCGGUUGCGACGGAGAAGCGGGAAGAGGCUUCAGGGGAAGGCGAUGCCCCAGCGAAGGCUGGAGCAAAGGGAGGCAAGCCGCCUCCGCCUAAGAAGAAGCCUGCGGUGCCAGCUCCGAAGGCGAAGGAAGGUGUGGAAGAGAAGGGAGAAGGAGAGGGAAGGGAUGAGGUGAAGACAGAGGACAUCAACAAGAUGAAGGAGGAGAUCGAUCGUCUGACGAAGGAGAAGGAAGAGCUGCAGAAAGAAGUAACAGCACUAAAGGGAGCAGCGGAGAAGAGGGAAGAGACGGCCGGGGGGGAGAAGGCAGAAGAGACACAGGCGAUGAAACAAGAAAACGAGCGUCUCAAGAAAGAGAACGCGGAGCUGCAGAAGAAGCUGGCAGACCUAUCGGUUGCGACGGAGAAGCGGGAAGAGGCUUCAGGGGAAGGCGAUGCCCCAGCGAAGGCUGGAGCAAAGGGAGGCAAGCCGCCUCCGCCUAAGAAGAAGCCUGCGGUGCCAGCUCCGAAGGCGAAGGAAGGUGUGGAAGAGAAGGGAGAAGGAGAGGGAAAGGAUGAGGUGAAGACAGAGGACAUCACCAAGAUGAAGGAAGAGAUCGAUCUUCUGACGAAGGAGAAGGAAGAGCUGCAGAAAGAAGUAACAGCCAUAAAGGGAGCAGCGGAGAAGAGGGAAGAGACGGCCGGGGGGGAGAAGGCAGAAGAGACACAGGCGAUGAAACAAGAAAACGAGCGUCUCAAGAAAGAGAACGCGGAGCUGCAGAAGAAGCUGGCAGACCUAUCGGUUGCGACGGAGAAGCGGGAAGAGGCUUCAGGGGAAGGCGAUGCCCCAGCGAAGGCUGGAGCAAAGGGAGGCAAGCCGCCUCCGCCUAAGAAGAAGCCUGCGGUGCCAGCUCCGAAGGCGAAGGAAGGUGUGGAGGAGAAGGGAGAAGGAGAGGGAAAGGAUGAGGUGAAGACAGAGGACAUCAGCGUACAACUGGAAGAGCUGAGAAAGGAAAAUGAGCAUUUGAAGAGGUGUUUGGAGUCAGUGGCAAAGGACGGAGGGGCGCCGGCCUCUGGGGCGUCGCAAGAAAUGAAGAGGCUGCAAGAGGAGCUCGAGGAACUAAAGAAGGAGAAGGAGAAGAGCAAAGCAGAGGAGACAAAUGCUGGAGGAGCUGGUGGAGCGGCAGACGUCGAGAAGCUGAAGGCUGUCGAAGCCGAGAACGAAAACCUCCGCAAGCAACUCAGCGAGCUUCAGAAGGCAAGUCCAACAGCGCCGGCGUCUGAAAAGAAGGAAGAGAAUGCCGAUGCACCUUCGGAGAAGAAAGAGGAUGACUCAAAGACUGUGGUGGCUCUCCAAGAGGAGAUUCGCGUUUUGAAGGAAGAAAAGGGAUCCCUAGAGAAGCGGCUACAGGAAGCGACGUCAGCUUCGCCGCCAGCUGCUGUCAAAUCGAAAUCGGCGCCGCCGCCGAAGAAGGCCGGGGCAGCGCCGAAAGACGCCGAGGGUGCCGCGAAGGACGAGGCGGGAGACGCGAAGGCUUUGGAGGCGAAGGUAGCGGCGUUGGAGACGGAGAACAAGAAGCUGAAGGCUCACAUUGCUUCGCUGACACCCGCCGCUGCAGGGAAGGAAGGGAUUUCUGUCCAGGAAGGCCAGAAGCUGGAGAAGCGGUCGUCGAUUCUGAAGGUAUUUGACGACGAGGACGGAUUGGAUCGCCAAUGGAGCGUCGUCGUCCCUGCAGCUGGCGACUUGAUUCCUGUGGCAAAGUACGAGUCGGCGAAGGCCAAGUACGAAAAGCUUCUGGAUGCGUAUCGCCGACAGAAAGGGAAGAUUGCUUCGUUUGAGGCAGACGCUUCACAGUACGCGGAAGAGCGCGAGACGCUGCAGACGCAGGUGACAGACUUGCAGGGGGAACUGCGGAGGACGCGAGCGGAGCUCGGGGUGUUUCAAGAACUCGAGAAGAAACAAGAAGAGGAGCAGAAGAAAAACGAAGAGGCUGAAGCACAGGCGGCCGGCAGCAUCUUCUCCUUCUGGGGAGGAGGCGCGGAGGCGGAACCUGCCGAGGCGGCGCCCGCGGAGAAGACGAACGAAGCUGAAGGCCAGGUGAAGCUCCUCAAAGUGAAGGUGAAGAAUCUGCAGGAAGAGAAACAAAUGCUCGAAAGCAAAUUGGAGAAGAUGCAAAGCAAACUGGAGGCAGCGCGUAGUGGCGCCGGCAGCAUGGCAACGAUCCCUACGAUAGAAGAUUUGAAGCGGAGUUCAGGAGGCGGCGAGGAGAAGAGCGAGGCUGGAGGCGAGUCCAGUUCAGAGGUCACGAAGAAGAUUGCAACGCUGCAGAAAGAACUGGAGGAAGGACGCGUCCGUGAGCAGAAACUUCAGGAGGAGGUGACGAAGCUGAAGAAAGUCCUUGAGGGUCUGGAGAAGGGGACGAAGAGCGAACAGGGCGAGAAGCCAGAGCAGACGCAGGAGGAGACGGGCAGAGAGGUCCAGAAGCGCCUCGAAGAGGUGGAGAAGGAACGCGACGAACUGAAGGUCAAGCUGAGUGAGAAGGAAGAAGAAAUCAAAAAGCUCAAGGGUGAAACGGAGACACUCGAAAAAGACAAAAGCGACCUUCUGAAGAAGGUAGCAGCCUUGGAAGAGGAAAUGAAAGGCCUCAGAGAGCAGGCUGCGACCGAGAGCGCCAAGGCUUCGGUCGCGGAGGCGGAGCCAUCCCAGAAGGAGCACGAGGAAAAGGAGAAGAAGGAAAAGGCGAAGAAGGAAAAGAAAGAAAAGGAGGGGAAGGACAAGCAGGAACAAGAGGAGAAGAAGAAGGAACAGGAGGAGGAGCAAGCCAAGCAGGCAAAGGAAGAGCAAGAAAAGAAGGAGAAGGAGGAAAAGGAGAGGAAGAAGAAGGAGAAGAAGGAGCAAGCAAAGAGGGAGAAAGAGGAACAGGAGAAAAAGGAGAAGGAAGAACGAGAGAAAAAGGAGAAAGAGGAACAGGAGAAGAAGGAGAAGGAGGAACGAGAGAAAAAGGAGAAAGAGGAACAGGAGAAAAAGGAGAAGGAGGAACGAGAGAAAAAGGAGAAAGAGGAACAGGAGAAAAAGGAGAAGGAAGAACGAGAGAAGAAAGAAGCAGAAGAGAAGGAAGCAGCCCAGGCAGAGGAACCGGCACCUGACCAAGGUGGAGGAAUGUUCUCUUGGUUUGGAGGCGGAGCAGCAGCUGCACCCGAACAGUCGGAGACUGAACCUCCGUCCGAAGAAGAAAAAGAAGAAGGUGGUGGGUUCCUCUCUGCAUUCGGUUUCGGGGCGCCUGCCCCUCCCGAAAAGGAGGAAGAACCUUCCAUUCUUCGUCUCUCGACUGCGCCGCAAGAAGGCCAGGAAGACGCGCCAAAGGCCGCAGACGCGACGAGCGACGCCUCCUCAGAAGAUGAAGCCGAAGCAGGGAUCGCGUCGUCCAUUGCUGGAUACUUCUGGGGCUUCUGAGACUCCCAGUGCUCAGAGGACCGACCAAGGCGAGAAGUCGCGACGGAUUCAGAGCGCUCCUUGAGAACCUGAAACGAGCACCGCGUCCAACGCGACGACUGACACCGAUACCCCUAUCUAUGCAUGCAAACGUCGAAACAGUGUUGUCGCUGUGUGAAGCAAGUCCCUUUGUGGCCAGCCAAGGCAGGCGAGAUCGCGGUCGAGCGAUCUCUGCAGAGGAAAGCGAACGACAGGCGGCAGCAGUGGAGGACGCACAGAUCCUGAACAUGUUUGCGAAGUGGAAAGGCACUCGCCAGUUCUCUAGAAAACAACCGUCUCGUUGAGUUUCUUUGUCGCUUUUUUGUGUCGGCCCUCCCCAAGAGGAGAACGCGGAACCCAACAGGGGAGAAACGAGGAUUCCCAGAACGUUUUUCUCGCGCGUCGCUGCGAGGUUCACUGUCUACGAAACGCGUUUUCCUCUCUCAUGCACGACACAACGCGAGCAGGGGUGGAGGAACGCGGGAUUCUUGUUUUCGACUGCCCUCUCUCGUCUCUGUCUCUGUCUGGUCCAUGUUGAGAGGCGAGGAGACGCCGUCGAUGUAGAGCUUCCAGCCGCUGAAAACAGAUGCAUGUGAAGGCAACAGAUCGCAGACGCUUCGCAGAUUGUUCAUGUCCAGUCGACGCCUGCAGACAGGUGGAAAGGGUACCAGUCUCUUCUAUUCCUUCGCGGCCUACAGCCAUCGCUGAACGCGAAGGGGGACCGUUACGCGUUUGAUACAUCAGGCAGAUGGCAGGGAUAAUCUCCCCGCUGUGGACGCGCGUCUCGGCGUCCACACGGAAGGCUCGAGACACAACUCCUCCACAGUCAGCGUCAGCUGAGAUGUCACUGAGUGCCCCUGAGGUCCUCGACAUUCUUGAAAACCUGCAUGUUGCCUACCUGGAUGCACAGGCAUUCGCCCGCACACAACGAAGACCACGAC